AUGGGAUCUCCAUCAGCCCCGAUAGCACCUGCUGCUGCAUCGCUCCCUGGUGAAAGGAUGGGGGGAGUAAAGGGGAAGGGUGCUGUGGAGGAGGAAGGAGGGACCUCUCUCAACCCCGCUAGCACCCGCCGCUGCAAUGUUAGGGGAGUGCGUAUGGGGGGGAUGAGUGAGGAGCAUGGGGAAAGGGGAAUGGGAACGGUGGAGGGAUGCUGUGAAGGGGAAACGAGAAACCUCCUUUUGUGUGAAAAACCCCUUCGAGGUUUCUUUAUCCCCCCUUCUCCUUUUGUGUACCCAUCCUGUCUCGCCUGCAGCACCAUGCGUUUCAAUACUUCUCCGUCAGUGUCUGCCUCUCCUUCGCACGCCUCACACCCAUGCUCUCCCAAGUUGCUGGUACAUCAAUUCACACCAAUGCACCAGCGCUUCCAGCGCCCUCCCAUCCGCGUUCUCCUUCCUUCCCCCACUCGCGCCCCUCUAUCCGCCUCCCCCCACCUGACCCCCUUUGUAGCCCCUGGCGCGCAAUCUCCCCCCUUCUCUCUCUCCCGCCCUUCCCCACUCCUCCGCCUGUCCCUUCUCCCCUCCUCCACCCUCCUGCGCCACCCCUUGCUCCCCCUUCUCCCAUCCCUCCCCACGUUUCUGCCUAACCCAAACCACGUGCGGCCAUAUCCCCCCUCUCCCCUCCCCUCCCUGCGCCUCCCCUCCCCGCUCCGCCUCUCCUGCCCUGUCCACACGGCCCCGCGUCACUACUGCCCCCAUCUGCGCACCCUCGCACACUGGCGCGCGCCCAUCAGCCCGGUGUGCGGGCUCUCGAGGAGGCGGCGGAAGGGGCUCGCGGGUAGCAGCGGUGGUGGCGCCGGCGCUGGAGAGGAGAUGAUCCAGGCGGAGUGCAACUGGCGCGGGCUUCCACUGCCUCUUCGCGCCGCCGCCACCGCCGCCGGUUCAGCCUUUGCUGUUCGCAUCGACGUUGCUGUUUCCCCCGCUGCCGCAGCCGGCUGUCCCGCCUAUGAGCGCUGCUUGCCCCACGCGCCAUAG